AAGCACAAUAUCGUAGUCCUCGAGAAUUAACAAGCAAUACUACUUGGAUCGAGGAUGUCGACUACACCAGAUAUUGUAGAGCAGUGGCAGCCGCCCACCGAGUCACUAGGCAGAGUUCCUUUAAUAACUCCAGGGAAUAGUGAUGGCAAACCCAUUCAAGGCGACUUUCGGCUCGAUCGGAUCGUAAUAGACAAACUACACCUCGGUACUCAAGUCUACAGCUGCAACCGACACGGCGCAUCAGAAUGCACAGUGACCGCAAAGAUAGAGACCACACGCGCAGACGGCGAGCUUUAUGAAGGUAACUACAACCGUCCUUGCGCAGAUGGCGACCAAGGCAAAGCCAUGCUCGAAGGCGAGUACAACUCCAUGUGUGAGCUCUACAAAGUCGCAUCAACCUUCUUUCCCAAACGUUACGCAUACGCCCAAUUCAACGUAUCAGACCCCAAAUCUUACUUCUUGCUCUGCUCCUUCCUUGACAUGGACACCAGUCAAGCACCCGAUCCAGAACAGCUAUGCAAAAAACUCGUCAUGCUCCACCUCUCCAGCGAGUCACCGACUGGACAAUUUGGUUUCCACAUAAACACGUAUCAAGGCAACCUACCCCAGCAGACAGUCUAG